CCUGGAGAAAGUCGGAACCCUCAGGCAGAUGAUCCUGGACACCAGGAUCUCUCCCGCACAUGGGUCUUUCCCCAACAGAUGAGAGCCAGGAGGGACGCCAGAUGGCCUCACUCUGUACCCCUGGGCAGGGGUAGCUCACACUGCCAGCCGAGGACAGUCAGCAGUUUGUGGGGAGCAGGGAGGCUAGUGGCUCUGCCGUUUCUUUCUGUCUUAUUGGUCUGCCCUGGCCACUCUUGUCUGAAGGGUCAGUUACGGCUCUGGAAGGCCCCAACCGGCUUCAAGAGCAUCACGUCCCAUGAUUGAGCUUGUACCUCAGUUUUGCUUAUUUAAAAAAAAAAAUUUUUUUUAAUGUUUUUUCUUUGAGAGAGAGAGGGAGAGAGAGCAUGAACAGGGGAGGAGUAGAGAGAGGGAGACACAGAAUCGGAAGCAGGCUCCAGGCUCUGAGCCGUCAGCACAGAGCCCGAUGCGGGGCUGGAACUCACGAACCUCGAGAUCAUGACCUGAGCCAAAGUCGGACACUCAACCGAUUGAGCCCCCCGGGUGCCCCCAGAUUUGCUCGUUUUGAUGGAAACCCUUGUAAGAGCCCACGGUUCGUCCCCUUACAUACAUGUGGGGGGCAUUGGAGAGAACAGGGCUGGACCAGACAGCCCUUCGCCCGUCCCUAGGGGCCCUCAUCCUGUGGGUGUUGCCCCCACAUGUAGGGUAUUGAUAGAACGUGAAGCCGUCCUGCCCCUUUGUCCCGUCUGAAGGGUGAGGGCUAUGUCCCGACUCUGUGCUCUAGAAAUGAGAAGAUUUUCUGUCUUCUCUCCCUGGAGUUUGCCAUGCCCCCACCCCCGAGCUGAGGGGUUCCGGAUUGUUCCAGAGGAAAGUACUGUUGGCCGCACACCAGAGGACACGGUGCCCAUUUUAAAGAAAGGAAGAGAGUUGGGGAUUUGGCUCUGUCUUCUCUUCAGUCCCCCCCUUCCCUUCCAUGGAUGCGUCUUCCUCCCUCUCAGGACUUGGCCACCUAAACACCCUACCAUGUGCCCUCUGUCCGCCCCCUACCUCCCAUCCAGGGUAAGGAUCAGACUCUUCUCUGUUCUUCAUCUCUUGAAACCAAAAUAAACUGCUAUCAAGAGGCAGCCAGGGCCGGGGGCCAGGACGCCAAGCCCGCAGGGGUGCUUAUUUUAGAGGGUGAUAUUCCAGUGCUGGGUCAGAGCCUCUCAGGACUCGGCGCUGACCCACAUCCCAGCUCCCUCCUCUCCGCUUAGCUGGCUCUUCCUACCUCCACUCUCCCCCUCUUUCUCUCCCUCCUGGAAGAGGCAUCGCUGUCCUAGGAAAAGGUGCUGCUCUUGGCAUCCUCUCUGGGCCCUGCUAGGUGUGGGGCUCUAUGAACUGCCCCUGCAUCAUAUACGCGUGUGCACACACACACACGUUUAAUUAUGGGAAUUGAGACUAAAAUAAACAAGAAGGGAAGUCUGGAAGGGAGAAGCCAGGUGUGGUGUGUGUGGCUGUGCGUGUGGGGGUGGGCGGGUGGCCAAGGGUCAGGCUGAGGCAGACAGACGAGGCUACAGACCUCCCCAGGUCCGACCUGGGAGCUGUGUGGCUUGCCUGGUAGCACAUACAUUCAACAGUUACUUAGUGAGCACUUACUACGUCCCAGGCACUGUUGUAGGCACUGACACGCAGCAGGGAACAGAAAGACUGUUCUAGGCGGGAGAGGUAGGCAAUAAACAAACGAUAUAAAUACAUAAUUGGUAAGGGGGGUGAUAAGUGUUAUAGAAAAAAAUGAAGCGGGAUGAGGGACUAGAGAGGGAGGGAGGGAAGGUUCUAUUUAGGAUCAGAAAAUAGAACCUCCCUGGUGCCAAGUGUGAGCCUUGGGGCUUUUCCUUGGUGGUCACGUCCUUCCUCCUGCCUCCCUGCAGGUCGACCAGUUGUUUGCUUUCUGCCUCAGCAUCUAUCGGUCCCUCUGUUACCCACGUCUCCAUGAAAAUGCUCCCUGGGAGACUGUUCCACAGGACCACCUCUGGGGUCUUAUACAAAGGUGGAGGCCCUGGAAGGGUUCCAGAGAUCACUGAGGCCAGGGAUUCUCCGACGCUCGAUGUUGUUUGUCAUCCGGGACAUGCCAAUUAAACCUGCAACAAGAUACCGCUGAAACCUAUCAGAAUGGCUAAUAUGAGAAAAGCUAGCACACCUGGGAUUCUUGCUUUUGAAUUCCUUUUAUUUUUGAGAGAGAGAGUGUGUGUGAGUGGGGGAGGGGCAGAGAGAGAGGGAGACACGGAAUCUGAAGCAGGCUCCAGGCUCCGAGCUGUCAGCACACAGCCCGACGCGGGGCUCGAACUCACGGACCGCGAGAUCAAGACCCGAGCUGAAGUCGGACGCUUAACCGACUGAGCCACCCAGGUGCCCUGCAACUGGGAUUCUUCUACGUGGCUGACAGGAAUGGGGAUUUGUCACUGGUAUGACAACUUGGGAAAACUGGUCGCUUUACUAAAGUUGAACACAUGCCCACCCCGGGGCCCAGCGACUCCCAUCUGAGGUGCACGCCCAACAGAAAUGCGGACACGCACGCACCAAAAGACGUGUGCUGGAAUGUUCGAGCUAUACUGUUCAUCAUUGUCCCAAACUCCCCAGAAGUCCACCACCAGUGGAACAGAGAAGCCGGCAGCUCAGGAUACCGCACGGCCGUGGGAAGGGACACCCGUCACGUGGACGAAUCUCGCACCACACGGGAAGAAGACACAGGGAUGAGGCCGUUCGGAGGACAUUCAAAACAACCUUUACUGUUAGAGGUCAGGGGAGUGGUCACCCCUCCUUGGCAGGAGGAGGUGGGUGGUAGUGUAGAGACGGGGGCAAAGAGGGGUGCAAAAGUGGGGGAGGGCUCUAAGAUCCUCCCUUCGAUGCAGAUGCUGAGUGUCCUCUGUUUGCAAAGUUCGGUGGAGCUGUGCACCUGUGUGCUUUUUGUGUGUAUGAUACGUUAAUAAAAAGUUUUAAAAAGUCAGCGCUCGUGCUCUGUCUCUCUCGGUCUCAAAAAUUAAUAAAACAUUAAAAAAAAAAAAGUCAGUGCUGUUCGGCCCUCCGCUCACAUGCAUUCAAGAAGAAUCUCCGGGGGAAGAGUCAGGCACAGGUACGUUUCAUAGGGUUCUACUGUGCGGCUUCAGGCAGGAACUGCUGACUUAGCCCGACCCGUUCGUUCUGGACGUGACCAACCCGUGACGUCAAUGGACAGGCCGGCCUGUCUUUGUCUUGGGCUUUGCGGACCUUUACUGCAGUGUCAAUGCUCCCAGCUAGGAUGAGUAAGGUCCAAGGUUAAAAAAAGCAAAUGUCCACCAGUUUCCUUUCUGAGCCUUGUGGGUGGGGUUCUUUGUUUGGCCCCAACAUUCGGAUUCCCUGUUACAUGGCGGGUGGGGCUGUGGCUAAAAGCACUGCCUUUUGCGUCAGAAAGUUCUGGUUCAGAUGUAAACCACCACUUGUAUGUUGUGGGAUUAUGGACAAGUCCCCCAACCUCUCUGGGCCUCAGUUUCCUCAUCUGCGACAUAGCACCUGCUAGGAAGGUUGUGUGGGCACAGCAGGAUGACGUCAUUUGUUAGUGGAGGGGUGCCUGGCUGGCCCUUCGCCCCGCAUUAAGAAAUCAUGCUACGGGGUCGGAAACCCAAAAUCCUCCGAGGCGAAAGCGCCUUCGAAAUUGAAAUUCAGAAGAGUAUUCAGAAUGGACCAAGUGACGUUUCCAGCCCCCUCCCCCACGCCAGCCUGUGGGGAUGGAAGCGUCUGGCAACGUGCCAGGAGCAUCCCGGACGCUCAGUGCACGUGGCCGUGGGUGUUGUCCUUGCCACCUGAUGAUGCUGACAUCUUGUGCCAUUGGGUCUAUCCCAGAAACAGGGGCCCUCUUCCCUGGCCCUGGAGGAAGGCUUCCCUCCGCUGUGUGCCUGCUGGGGCUUGUCCACAUGCUUGCUUGUUUGCUCCCCUACCCUCUGCAGCCCAGCCGCACCCCACGGUGUCCCGGCCCCCCGCAGCUGGAUCCCUGAACCACCCUGCCCCUGUGGCAUGCUCUGCCUCAUCUGCCCAGGCCCCUUACCCCAAACCCAAACCCCCUUCUUCCUCCCUCGUUUCCCUUGCUCUCGUUCCGUCCAUCUUCUGCCUCCCUGCCUUCCCUUUAUCCGCCCUUCUCCUCCCCCUCUUCCCAGCCUCCCUGUCUCCCCCCCUCCCCUCCCACUCUCCUCCCCCUUCUGUCAAGUCCCUCCUGGCUCCAUUCCAUCCCCUGAUUAUCUCAGUGUCCCUCUCCCUUUGCUUCCCCGCUUUCCCCAAUUAUGUCUUCUUCUUUCUUUUCUUCUCUCACUUAUGCCUUAUCUUCUCCCCCCUUCACCUCUUCCUUCUUCUCCAUCAUCUCUGCACUUGCCUCCCUUCUCACGCCCCGCAGUGUCCCCGGCUCUGUCUCUUUUAUUUCCCCCUGCUCGCUCCCGUUCCCCACCCUCUUUCCCCUUCUCUCUCUCUCUCUCUCUCUCUCUCUCUCUCUCCGUCCUGGGGAGUUCCAGAAACAUACCCAUAUAUGGCCUCCAUGUCAAGGAUCACAAACGACGACGUCACGUGAGGGCCAGCGCUCGGAGAUGCUCUCUGCCGCGAGGUCCGUAACUGACGCGCUGCCGUGGAGGAACCGAAGGCGGCAUGGCAGCCUCCCCCGGUGCAAUCUUCAAACAGGAAAUCCGAGAUGCACAACAUCUUAUAGUUUGGCUUGCCAUCACUGGUCAUGCGGUGGGCCCGAAAUAAACUCCCUGCUUCAAAGGAAAGUGCUUCAGGACUGCCUGGGCAGAGCGGCCAAAAGCUCAGGGCCAGGGCAGGAGGAAAACUCAGGGAGGAUGUUCUGAAUUAAGGCACUCUCAAGAAAACCCUUUUUAGUUCCCCCGAAUUGGGCCCCUGUUUCAGAGCCUAACAGGGCUUUCUGACUUACUGCUUUCUCCUCCCCUCGGAGUGCCUCUUCUGGAGGCCGGGGUGAGAGGCAGAAGAGAAUGACCAUGGAGAUCAGCGCUCGGGGCGGACAGCGUACCAUCGGGAAUGAGGAAUACAGCCUGUAUAGCAGCCUGAGCGAGGACGAGCUGGUCCAGAUGGCCAUUGAGCAGAGCCUGGCUGACAAGACUCGGGGCCCAACCACGGCUGAGGCCACUGUGUCCACACGAGCCAACCGCCAACCUGCCCAUUUCUACCCAUGGACCAGGUCGACUGUGCCUCCUGAGAACCCGUCUGCCUCGGGCCCCAUGGGCCUGUUCCAAGGGGUCAUGCAGAAAUACAGGAACUCCCAGCUGGCGCCUGUGGACCCGGUGCUGAAGGCCAUCAAGGAAGGUGAUGAAGAGGCCUUGAAGGCUAUGAUCAAGGCGGGCAAGAACCUCGCAGAGCCCAACAAGGAGGGCUGGCUGCCGCUACAUGAGGCGGCCUACUACGGCCAGCUGAGCUGCCUCAAGGCCCUGCAGCAAGCAUACCCUGCAGUCAUCGACCAGCGCACCCUGCAGGAGGAAACGGCCCUUUACCUGGCGACGUGCAGGGGACACCUGGACUGCCUCCAAUCCCUCCUCCAGGCUGGCGCCGAGCCUGACAUCUCCAACAAGUCCCGAGAGACCCCGCUCUACAAAGCCUGUGAGCGCAAGAACGCGGAGGCGGUGAGGAUGUUGGUACAGUACAACGCGGACACCAAUCAUCGCUGCAACCGAGGCUGGACCGCUUUGCACGAGUCUGUUUCUCGCAACGACCUGGAGGUCAUGGAGAUCCUGGUGAGCAGAGGCGCCAAGGUGGAAUCCAAGAACGCCUAUGGCAUCACCCCCUUGUUCGUGGCCGCCCAGAGCGGGCAGCUGGAGGCCCUGAGGUUCCUGGCCAAGUACGGCGCCGACAUCAACACGCAGGCCAGCGACUGCGCGUCCGCCCUCUACGAGGCUUGCAAGAACGAGCACGAGGACGUGGUGGAGUUUCUGCUGUCGCAGGGCGCCGAUGCCAACAAGGCCAACAAGGACGGCAUGCUCCCGCUGCACAUCGCCUCCAAGAAGGGCAACUACAGGAUCGUGCAGAUGCUGCUGCCGGUGACCAGCCGCACGCGCGUGCGCCGGAGCGGCAUCAGCCCGCUGCACCUGGCGGCCGAGCGCAACCACGACGCGGUGCUCGAGGCGCUGCUGGGCGCGCGCUUCGACGUGAACGCGCCGCUGGCGCCCGAGCGCGCGCGCCUCUACGAGGACCGCCGCAGCUCCGCGCUCUACUUCGCCGUGGUCAACAACAACGUGUACGCCACCGAGCUGCUGCUGCUCGCCGGCGCCGACCCCAACCGCGACGUCAUCAGCCCCCUGCUCGUGGCCAUCCGCCACGGCUGCCUGCGCACCAUGCAGCUGCUGCUGGACCACGGCGCCAACAUCGACGCCUACAUCGCCACGCACCCCACCGCCUUCCCCGCCACCAUCAUGUUCGCCAUGAAGUACCUGUCGCUGCUCAAGUUCCUCAUGGACCUCGGCUGCGACGGCGAGCCCUGCUUCUCGUGCCUGUACGGCAACGGCCCGCACCCGCCCGUCCCGCCGCCCUCCAGCCGCUUCAGCGACGCGCCCGCCACGGAUAAGGCGCCCGGCGUGGUGCAGUUCUGCGAGAUCCUGUCUGCCCCGGAGAUGAGCCGCUGGGCAGGGCCCAUCAUCGACGUCCUCCUGGACUACGUAGGCAACGUGCAUCUCUGCUCGCGGCUGAAGGAGCACAUCGACAGCUUCGAGGACUGGGCUGUCAUCAAGGAGAAGGCAGAACUCCCGAGGCCCCUGGCUCACCUGUGCCGGCUGCAAGUGAGGAAGGUGGUUGGAAAGCACCGCAUAAAACUGCUGGAUGCAUUGCCCCUCCCGGGCAGGCUGAUUCGGUACCUGAAAUACGAGAAUACCCAGUAACCAAGGCCGCGUGGAGGAGUCGCUCCUCAGACUUUCACUAAGCCUCAGGACAGCCGUGUCCCCAAAUCCCAGGGGGCCUGAUGACAGAACGAGGCCGUGGGUUGGCCUCUGUGGCAGCUGGGGCAGCUGCCGUGACCUCACCAGGUCUCUGGGCCAGAGCUUUGCCCGGACCAGAGAACACAACGUGUCAAGUGGGAGAAAAACCCGUGUUUGUUUUCAACCUGAUGAGUAGAGCCCAGACUUUCUCUGCCGUUGGGAGUGGCAGAGGCCCCAUUCCCGGGGCUGGGCGAGGGGGCAGGGCAGAAGUUGGGGGGGGGGGCAGGUGGGAGCCAGCAGGGCAGCCGCAGCCCCGCCCCCGACGCUUUCAGGGAUGAGUCUGCCUUUCGGAGACAACCUGCCACCGGGCUGUCCCGGUCCCCUCCCACUUUGUCUGUAAAACUCUCCACUUGACUCCUGAGCUUUUUUCCUGGAGGUGUGAUCCAGCGGGGGUGGGUGGGGGACCCACUCGUCAAGUACAAUAAAUGUUGCACAGAUGACA